CUAUUCUUUCUUAAUGCUCCCCCUCCCCCUUUUACCUCAUAAGAAAGUCUUAACGACGCUUUCUCCUCGUCCUCUGAUCUCGCAUACUGAUAGCGACGAGGGCAGUGCAAAAUGUCCGCCGAAAAGAAUCCACGAUUUCAACAUGCUGCCCAACCUCAGGAACUUCAGGAGGAAGCGGACUUUAAAAACCCAGGUGUCAAGCGCAUCGCAGCUAUCUCGUCGCAACUGGGCGUUGUAGCUCGGGUGUUUUUGUUCUUCGGGAUCUUUCUGGUAGCCUAUGUCUAUGGUUUGGAUGGACAGCUGCGAGGGACUUAUCAGCCUUUGGCAACCAGUGCCUAUGCCAAACACAGUUUGCUUACUACGAUCAAUGUUUUACGUAGCGUCAUUGCAGCUGCCGCACAGCCAACAGCCGCGAAAAUCGCCGAUGUGUUCGGGAGAGUUGAGUUGAUCUUGCUCUCGGUUUUCUUCUACACUAUCGGGACUAUCGUGGAGGCCUGCGCCGACAAUGUCCAGACUUUCUGCGCGGGUGCUGUUCUAUACCAGGUCGGAUAUACGACUAUUAUUCUCCUGGUCGAAGUUCUAGUAGGAGAUCUGACUUCCCUUCGAUCCCGUCUGCUCUUUUCCUAUAUCCCUGCGACCCCUUUCAUUAUCAAUACCUGGGUUAGUGGCAACGUUGCCGAUGCCGUGUUGGGGGUCACUAGCUGGCGCUGGGGCAUUGCGAUGUUCGCAAUCAUAUUUCCUGUUUGCUCCAUCCCUCUUUUUGUGACGCUGCUUUUUGGACACCACAAAGCCAAAAAAGCCAGUGCUGAGACAUAUACGCAUCCUAUUCGGCUUCUCGGUGCAAAGAAAUUCGCUAAAGAAUUAUUUUGGUACCUGGAUGUGAUGGGCAUCCUGCUUCUGAUUGCUUUCUUGGCUCUGAUUCUUGUGCCAUUCACAAUUGCUGGUGCUGCGGCCGAGCAAUGGAAGACUGCGAAGAUCUUGGCACCGCUGAUUAUAGGUCUAUUCUGUCUGCCACUCUUUGUCAUUUGGGAGCGUUCUUAUGCUCGGUAUCCCAUGGUUCCCUUCAAACUGCUCAAAGAUCGCGCGGUUUGGGGUGCCCUCGGCAUAGCAACAAUGCUCAACUUAGCUUGGUCGUUGCAGGGCACAUACUUAUAUACCGUGUUGCAAGUCGCGUUUGACCAAAGUGUUCUCAGUGCAACACGUAUCUCGUCUCUAUACAGCUUUGCAUCUGUUAUAACUGGAUGCAUACUCGGGGCGAUUAUUAUCAAAGUGAAACAACUCAAGCCUUUCAUAGUUGCCGGAACUGUUCUUUUCGCGGUGGCUUUCGGCAUUCUCAUACAGUUCCGUGGAGGAACAAGUAGCUCAAGCUACUCUGGUAUUAUCGGCGGAGAGAUACUUCUGGGUAUUGCUGGUGGCAUGUUCCCAUACCCGGCCCAAGCAAGUAUACAGGCUGCAACGAAACACGAGCAUCUUGCUGUGAUCACUGGUUUGUACCUGGCAAUGUACAACAUCGGAAGCGCAAUCGGAGGUACAAUUUCUGGCGCUAUAUGGAGACAGAGGAUGGGUAAGGAGCUCACCAAGCAUCUUGGUAGUGCAAAUGAGACUCUCACCGAUCUGGCUUUUGGGAGCCCUUUUGACUUUAUCGUUUCGUAUCCUGCCGGAACACCUGAACGCGAAGCUGUAACUCUAGCAUACAGAGAGGUCCAGCGUCUCCUUUGCAUUACCGGUAUAUGCCUGACGGUGCCUCUUAUCGUCUUUGCUCUUUGCAUUCGCAACCCAAGAUUGACGAAAGAUCAAAGUCUUCCCGAUGCCGAACGGGAGGAAUAGUGCCGCUCCCCAGCCUUGCUUGCAUAGCAGGGUGGGAUAUUGACGAUUCUGUGCCAGAGCCAACCUCGACUCGGAAGCUUUAUUCCUCUCCGCUAAUUUGUGCUCUGCGAACGAUAGGAAGGCCAGCACAUUUGCGAUCGUCAACCUAAUUGUGCUAAUACUUCGUUAAUGUUUGUAUACUCUGGCUAAUACCUAUACAUUCCAGCGUACCUUAGAUGCCUUCAGCGAAAGCCUAGGGCCUUUAUAUGAAGAUGUACUAUCAUACAGAAUAUAGUCUGAUAUUCUGUUGAUAGUUCUGGAAUGUGAACUAAUACUCAAUGCAUCUUGCUUCGUCCGUAGACAAACGUUCACUUUAUCUUGCACGCAGGUCGCCUUGCCUUUCCUUCUGUUCUCAGACUGUCUAAGCUCCCUACUGGUGAAGAACAAGGCGGACCUAAAAGCGAAGUUCCAUACUUCACGUGUGCGGGAUCAGGUGAUAUUUCCUGUUCACUGUUCGUAUCUAGCAAACGUCAAACUACUCCAUGCUAGGCCGAGAGGCAUCAUGGGCUAUUUAGAACCUACAGCGGUCAAUACUUAAUAUAAUGAUUUGAAGGGGCAUUUCUUUCUCACCAUCAAGUGGAGCUCAAGUCUUGUCAGACCACUCCUUACUGUCCCACAAACUCGGCAUCAAUCCAGAGUCUAUGCACUCAUACAUAACUCAGCUCCUCAAAAUCCUAGCUAAAACCUGUGAGAUAGCCUCGGACAAGCCGC